UCACAUUCUCGCGACCCAACGUGGGUUUCCGUUAUGUUUGAUGACGCCAGUAACAACUAAAUUAAAAACAAAGUAUUUUUUAAAGCUUGUCGGUCUUUGACAAUUGUCAAGUGUUCCCGGAAGACAUUUUAACCACCGUCCUCUCAUUUUAAACCACCGAAAAACAAGGACAACGUUAACACUUAGUAGUAAACGUCGUUUAAAAAAAUGAAACGUCAUCUUCCAGAACUGACGGACAACUUUCGGUUGAACGCGGCUCUGCUGUACAAGGACAAAUGCCCGGAGUUGUCACGGUUCAUAAUGCAGGGCCUUGUGAAUUCGAAAGAAUCGACCAAGCAAAGCAACUUGACCAUGUUGUGCCUCAACCUUGUGUGUCCACACUGUUACCAGUGGCUGCAGCCUGACAACCAUCGGAUUCGACUGCGGCCCAAGCCACUUCCAUCGCUUCGAAUGCAGAGACUUCUGCGCAGAAAGGCCAAAGGCAGACAGCUCAGCAUGGUGCAGAAAAGGCUGCUGCAGCGGUACCAGAAGUCUUCUUCAGUACUGAUGGCGACCUGUCACGCCUGCAACAAGACAUCCAGACACAGAGGAAUGGACAGGGAUUUUAUAGCUGCUCUGGCCAAGACCCACAGCACUCCACGGAGUGGUGGCAAACACAAGACUCCUCCGUCCACCAGCAGACCCAACAUGUCCACACCCAAGACUCCCGCCAAAGACAAGACACCUGUUCACACACCUCGGUCAUCGUCCUCUUCUAACACUCCAGGCUCCGGAUCAUCUUCCACCAAGUCUGCAUCUAAACCUAAAAACUGGGUCGUCCAGCGUCUCAGCAAGAUCCUCAUGAAGGAGGACACCAAGGGCAACAAGAAAGGCGGCUUAAAAGACUUUUUAUCCUCACUUUGAAUAAUUCCAAUGUUGUGACCCCCCAUUUCGUAUCUUAUUUGUACCAAAGGUAGAGCUGAGGAAAGUGUCUUUGGUUGCUCAGCCUGCGUGGGAUGGGUUACAGUUUGCCCACCAACACGGCUAUUGCUGGACUGUGCGGAAUGUCGCUCCUGGAAUCCUGAAAGCAGGAACUGGGAGCACUGGUCUGGUCUGGUUAUUUUGACUGUUAGUCAGAGUUGUUUCAUCCUUUGCCGUGCCUGUCAGAGGAGAGCGCUGUUUUGGUUUUUGUUUUUUGGCUAAUGCAGCACGUGCCUCUCGGAGCCUCUUCUACUGAGGAUAUUACACUCAGUAUUUAGGAAACGCCACAAAAAACACUUAAAUUUCCGUGGUAGUUUGUGGAAUUAAAAAGUGAUUUAUAUACCAUUUAUAAUUUUGGUAUUUGAUUGCUAAAAAUACAGUCAAUUUACACUUUUUAUGGAUUGUAUUUGUAUUACAACUUGAGAUAAGAACUUUUGUAUUAGACUAUGUUUACUUAUUUUUUACACUUCGUUACGGACGGGUCUAUAUUUUGACAGAACUACAAAUGUUCUUAACAAGAUGUUAUAAAUCAGUUGUUUUAUUUUUUUCUAAUACGCAAACGUGAUGUUGAAGCUGUGACAGUAACCAAUGCUAUUUUUAAGUGUUGUUGAAAGGGACUCACAAGUUGUUGUUUAUUUUAUAUUCAAUAGGCAAAUUAGCCUAAACUUACACACUUAAGGCUUAAAACAAAUAUUUUCUUGUGCUUUUUACUGUCUUUGGAUAUUUUUUGAACAUUUUCUUUAUUAAUUUCAUAAAGAGCAAGAACUUGGAAAGCUCUGUAAGAUUUACUACUGUAUUUUGUACUUGUUGUUCACUGGAUGUUCAGUGUAGUGUGUGUACAAUGUUUGUAUCCUGAGAUACCUCACAUUUAUAGGGUUUAGGGUUUUUUUUUUGUUUUUUGUUUUAACUUAAGCACCAGUGUUUGUGUUCAUUGUGUUAUGUUAAUUUUAAUUUGGGCUUUUGGGGAACUUUGUACAUAACAGGUUGCUUUAAAUUUUCCAUUUGCCAUUUAUAUAAGUUAUGCACUUCAGCUGCAUUUGUUUUCCAGUUAAUUGUGUCUGUAAAUAUCACAGUAGUCAGUGAUAUUACUGCAGUUUCUGGGCUCAAGUGAAAAGAAAAACAACAUCCGCAGUAGACGGUGAAUGUUUGUAAUACCACCUUCGUCCUGCAGAAGUCGCUGUCCAUUAACAUAACAACUGAACUACACAGGAAGUACAGCAGUUCUACGACUAUGUUAUGCUAGCACCCUGAGCAACAUGGCAUUAGCAACGUAGCUGUGUGCGUUUGCUGCUAAUUAACCACGCAUUUCGCUGUUUUUUAUUAUUUUGAAGUUGCUCUGCUUAACAUUUAAUCAGAAAAAAUGUCCGGCAGAAAGCGAACUAGAGAGAAGGAGGAGAGACGAGAGCACAAGAAACACAAGACUUCUAAACAGGACUUAGAGAAACUGGAAAAACAAACGAAAAAACUCAGCCAAGAUGUCCAGAAACUUAAACACGUAGAGACAUUGUAAGUAACAUUAAUUAACAACAACGACAACUUUAUAAUAUAGAAAAAAUAAAUGUGUCUUCCUUCGCUCUAAUUUAUUUAAUUAUUUGGCUAAUUUGCCGCUGCCGCUUUGUUUACAGUGUUUAUAUCUACACUGUUAAUUAUGUUUGCUUUUAUUUUCGUUUCUUUUAGCUAUGAAAAACCUCCACCUGGAUACAUCAAGGUAAACAUGUUGUCUCUAACAAUAAGUCAAUUUAUAUGGAAAGGAAAAUACAUACCACACCUUUCUGGCAGCUCACAGUUGCUGCCGAGAUAUUAUAUUAAAUAUUAUCAAGCUGUGCCAUAAAUACUGUCAAAUCGGCAUCAUUGAAAAGGAAAAAGUUGUUAAAAUUGCCUGUGCUGGACCAGAACAUGCUGUCCUUUACAACCAUCAUUGUGUCUGGUGCAUCUGGGUUUGUAAUUGUCGAUGUCUUUUGCCAACUUGCCGUACUGGGGAUGUAUUUUAAUGAUGAAGAACAUCUUGUUUCAUUCAUGUCUCAUUUUUAUUAAAGUCUCGGAAAUUCCA